UGUGAACAAGUUGAUGUAGGAGUGAGCUGGUACAUUCUCGACAAUCAGUUAAAUGCUUCUUCUGAACUGAAUGCCAGCACACCAGCAAAGAACGGUAGACUGAACUUCGUAGCGGGAUCAUCAUGGUGUGCAUCCACAAGUGACAGCAGUCCAUAUCUACAGAUUGACUUACAGAUUCCUUACAUCAUCUGUGCUGUAUCCACUCAGGGGAAUUCCCAGGGGAGUCAGUGGGUGGAGUCUUACACCCUACAGUCAUCUACAGAUGGGACAACUUGGACAGACUAUAAAGAAAAUGGACAAGUUAAGGUAGUUGANAUUUGUACUUAAAAAAUAAAGAAAGGCACAUCUUGGAAGGAAAUCCCUUGAAGGGAUCACUAAGAAAUGUGACCUGGAAAGCAAAAACAGCCACCAGUGUUAAAAGGAUGGCACGCGGGAAUAGUUUACGGUUAACUGAACACAAGUUUUUAAAUGGAUUCCAUUUCCCUUUUAAAAGAUAACGAUAAGCGUGGAACAGUCGGGCAAAGCAAAACUUUAAUGGUUAAGAAAUUUUUUAACGGAAUGCGCGAGCGUUAAAUGGCAGAA